GAUGGUGUGUCUAUUUUUAGAACCAGGGAAGGAGGGCAAACUAAAAGUAAGAGAGCGAGAGAGAGAGAGAGGGAGAGGGAGGGAUGUGAGGAGAAGAUAAAUCUGCAUUCUGCCACUGCCUCUGGUCAGAGACAGUUGGAGCUACAAGGAGAAACAGCAUCACUGGCUGGAAACACAGUAUCAUACAUUUUUUUUAAAACAACAACAUCCAGCUGCACAAAGCCUGCACACUGAUAUUUGAGAUUGCAAGAGCAGAGGAAAGAAGGAAGGACUCGACAAAGACCAUCUGUAAGCAGCUAUGCGUCCGCGGUCCAGACUGCUGUCCAAGAGAAGACUCCUGCUGCCUACAAUCAGAGAGGGCACCGAGGAGACAGUGAGGGAUCUGAAUGAGGCCAACGCACUCCUCAUCGCCGGCCACAGCCAGUCUGUCUCCUCAGAGGACUACUUCCUCUCCAUCUGCCACCUGGCUCACCCCACCUUCCCCACCAGAGAUGUUUCCCCUGACAACAUACACACACGGCAGCUGGAUGCUGUGCACCAGAGGCUGAGGCUGUCACGGCACAGUGGGACUACAUCAACCGCCUUUGAAUUCAACCCCACAGAGGAGGCACAAGCCAUAGAUGUACAGCAGGGAGAGGAGAAAGAACUGGGUUGCGAGCUGAUGUUUGGCAACUCUGACCCUUUGGAGUAUCUUUACGGACAACAGAACAACCUUUCGGGAGGUGUGAGGAGGGUGUUUGUUGAGGGAAGGUUUACAAGGCAACACGGGAGUAAAUGGGAGGGCCAGGCUCGCACCAGAGCACACAGCAUCCCCCGUGCUUCAAGUCCAGAUCUCCCACGGCAGCGCAAGAGCAGCUGCCCUGAGUUGGACACCAGCACUAACACUUUAGCUCCAAAUAUCUCUCCAAAACACAGCUUAUCCAGGUUGGAGGCUGGGAGAGGGAGCCCAGCAGUAAGAGGAGCAGAGGGGGAGAGACAGAAACCAACCGUCAAACAAUCCCUCAUCUCCCAGUGGAUCUCUGACUGCAGGUCAGCGUGGAGGGAGGCGCGUGUACGAGCCUGUAUGCUGCCCGCCAUUGCUGAGAUUUAGGGCACAAAUGGACAGACAUUGUGACAGAAGACAUUCCUCAAUAAAGUAUCCUGGUCUUUCUCUGUCAGUGCAUGAGACAUUGGCAUUAGCAGAUAUGUAGAAGUCUAUUAUGCAUAUAUACAACAGGGAUACAAAUAAAUACACAGUUGAAAACACACAGAGGCAAAUAAAUAUUGUCAUGUCUGUAAUGUUAUAUCAAUGUCAAUAUUUGCACCCUGUAUGCUGGUGAUCAUACAAAAUCAUUAAAAUGGACAAAUCUGCAAAAUCUUUUUAUAUCUUUCUGUGUUCUGUGAACUGAGUAUGAAUGAAUAAACCAAUCUUUUGAUACUCUCA